AUCGCCUAUAUAUUCAGGAGGUAAUACGUGGACGACUUACCCCAGUUUCUGUCUCACGCCAUACUGGGUUCGUGUUAUAGAAUCACUAGCAGCCGAAUGAUUUCGUGAAAAAUUAACUUGACUACACUUUAUACAAAACGUCAUCGAGAAGAUUUUGCAUCUGUGCUGUGUCCAGUAAACAGAAAUUACAACUACCUAGCUGGCUCUGGCUUGCUUGAACUCACAAAUACAGAAAUUUAUCUUUCGCUGCCAGUUACAUAAGCUAUACCUGGCUAGCUGUGUGUGCUUGCUGAAAUAAUGGGUCGCACUUUGUUAUUUGAAGAAAGCAUACAAACUUCUGUUAACCAAUUGCUUGCAAAUCAGAAAACACAAGUUGGAUUAAUGAUUGGUCAGUUAAGUACUAGUAAAGAUUUUGUGGUUCAUUUUGCAAGAUGUCCUGACCCAGUUGAUAAUGAAGUGGAAAUAGAGAUGGCUAGCUGUGAUGAUGAUGUGAUUGUUUCUAAAAUUGAAAAUAAGGAAAAAAUGAAAAAAGAAUCAAAACUUUCAGAUGUAAUUGACACAGACGGUAUCGAUUCUAAGUGGAUUGUCGAACACGCUAGACAAGUUAAUCGUAUGCUUACUGGUGGCAUGUCAGUCCUCGGAAUAUAUAUGUUUUGCUCGUCUGAUGUUUUGAGUGCAAACCAAAGCAAAUUACGAACAUGCUUGCAGGCAGUUCAAAGAAAGACUGAGCAAAGUAAAUGGAUCAGAAAAGCUGUACCACAUAACCACCGUUACAUUGUUCAUAUAUGUGCAUCAACUAGGAAAGUCACUUGUAGAACAUUAGAUUUUCAUGAUGACCAAGCUUCUUUACAGCCAGCUGAAUAUCGCUAUCAACCUUUCCUGAGCAAUUGGAAUUUCGUAAGUAGUUGCGUUGAUGUAAAUGUUCAGUUUUAUGUUCCCAAUUCGCAAGAAGCAUAUAGAAACGAAAAGAAAAUUUUAUACGCAUGCCAGCAAGAAAUUGAAGAUAUAUGGAAUUCAUAUGCUAUAGCUGGCCAUAAGCUUAUUGAUGAAACAAAAAUGUUAGCAGAUAAUUCUAAAUUAAAGAAAGAUAAGAAGGAAGAAGGGGAAAUUAAAAUUGUGUUGUUUAAAAAAGCAAACAGUGGAGGAGACAAAGGGUAUAUCCAAUACAAUGCUGCAAAUGUGCAGGUUAAACUUGUUGGUUCUAUUUGCACCAGAACUUACCUUCAUCCCAAGUCAACAUACGGAGAUGCAGUAAAUGCUUUGAAAGUCGAUAUUAUUAGGAGCUUAUUGACAAGAAUUGAAUUGCUCUGUGAAGAAGCAGAAGUAAACAAUUUCUGUCAAGUUGAUGAAUGGAGUUUAAUGUCACCAAUGAGAGUUUUUGCACCCUUUAAAGAUGGACAAAUAUAUUUUAGCGAUUAUAUAUUUAAGGAUGAAUCAGAUGAAGAUACCCUUAGUCGUUUUUCUGAGUUGUUAAAUAUCUCACUGGUUAAGGAUGAUUUGGAAUAUCCUGAAAAAUCACCAGAUGUGGCUGAAGUUUCCAUGAUUCUACAUGGCGACAAAAUAGCUGAUCAUCAUUCGGAUGUUGCAUCAGAAUUAAGUGUGUUGUCAUCACAAGACGAACCACAGAAUAAUCGACUGGUCGCUGCUGCAUUUGCAGGAAUUGCAGCAUUGUUUGCUACUGCCAUGCAUUUCUUUUGGAGUGAUUAAAUAUGAACAGUUUAGAAAGCUUCUAGAUAUUAUAUACAUGUGUAGAUUUACUAUUUGUUAAUUCAUAUAAGUGUAAAAGUAUUAGUAAAAAAAGAACUCAAUCCAAGUUUCAAUCAAAUAGCUAUAGUGUAUACAAUCUACAAAAUAAAUGAUAAUAAAUAUUUAAAGUGGGCAGCCUAGAACAUCACAAAAACCUAAAGUUAGUAGAUUGUUUUUUGUUAAAAUGUAAUGCAGGGUGUAAUUUAGAGAUUUUUAUUACUUAUAUUUUUUAAUCCAACUAGGAAUUUCAUUUAUCUCUCAGAGGACAUCAGUGUACAGUUCACCCGGGAAGAAAGAAAAAUGGAUGGCUUAAAACAAGUUAAUUCUAAAAACAAAUUUCAUGUGUCAUUGAUUAGGCAGCAGGUCAUUAUUAUAUAUUUCCUGUUUUGUUACAACUAAAAGUUUUAUAACUAGUAAUAUAUCCAUGCCACAAAUUAUUAACAUGAAGGAAACUACAGCAAAUGCUACCAUUGUUUUAGGUGGUUGGUAAAAUAUUUUUCUGUCUGUAGUUUUAUUUUUUAUUUCAUACUUUAUAAAUUGGGAAUUUGGAAUAAAUUCCAAUAAGGAAAUGGCUAUUAAACAACUACUAAGAAUGCUGUAUUGCACCCUGUGAUACUGUCUUGAACUUAAAAUUUAUGUAACUAUUUAUGUAACUAACUAAAGGUAGAAAUUUUCAUGGGUUUUGUGUUUGCAAUUCAGAAAUUUAAACAAUUUUUUGUGCUUUUUUAGGAGGGAUUUUUUUAAUUUUUAGUUUUGCUUAUUUGAGAACUGAAAAAGAGAGUGUAAAGUACUUAAUAUCACUAAAGUUAAUAAGUGGUGAACAAGAGCAUAAAACAAAUUAAAACUAUCAAAGAUUUUGUUAUUAUAAAAUGUCUACCUGUAAAGGGGUAUUAUAUUAUAUAUACUAGUCGGUGGCCCGUGUAAAAAUACACAGGUUUGCCUGUCCUUUUAUACAGCAUUGCGUGCAUCUCGCUACUUGCGCAGCUAAGCUACCAUUUUGUGUGACAGACAGACGGACAGACAUAUAUGGGUAUUAUAAUAUAGAUAUAUAUGUAUAUUUUAUGUUUCUGGUUUACACUCAAUAAAAUUGUUAAGCUUUUAAUAUUUAUU